GCUGGCUGCACGCCGUCGAGGCCGUCACCGACACUCGACGUUGGACAUUGGACGCCCCUUGCCGCCGAGCGCCGGACGUGCAGGCCUGCUGGACGCUCUAGGGCCCCCGCACCCCGCCAUGUGAACUCCGUUUCGGCCGCCGCAAGUCUCGCCUCGCCUCGCCAAAAUGGGAGUGUUCGGCGCCGUCAGGGACUUCCUCAACAACACAUCCCUUCACGGGCUGCGAUUCGUCGCGCAGAAGGAGCGCCACUGGACCGAACGAGUGUUCUGGCUGGCCUGCUGCCUGGUGUCGUGGGUGUCCUCCGGCUGGCUCAUGUUGGCCUCGUGGGACGCCUUCCAGAACAACGCCAUCAGCUUCGUGGUGGAGAGCACCUACCUGGACUGGGACACCACCUUCCCGGCCAUCUCGGUGUGCGAGGAGGACAACAUGGAGCGCGUGUACUUCAUGAGCGCCAAGCUGUACGGCGAGGACCAUGACUUUAACCUGGAUGAAGUUCUGAAGGAGAUAUCGUACUUCCGGGGCUCGGCGUACUACAUCAAGGAGUUCUGCUUCGACGGCCACGUCAAGUGCCCCAAGUCCAACUUCACGAAACUGGCGAAGACGAUCCGCAGCGGCUGCCCCGAGAUCUUCUCCGAGUGCAGGGUCAACAACGUGGCCUUCAACUGCUGCGACCACUUCCUGCCGCUCGACACCGAGAUCGGGACGUGCUUCGCGCUAAACUCGGAGCAAGGCCUGAGGGUGAACGGCAAGAAGGACAUGAUGCCCAUCUUGGCGAACCGCAAAGAACCCAAGGCGUCCGUGUACUUGGAGCUGCGUGUGCAGAGCAACGUGCACAUCCACUCCGCCGAGGACGUGCCGUUCCUCAACUCGCUCAGCUCGGAGGUGUUCGUGGCGGCGCCGCUGAUCCACAAGCGCUUCGGCAUCGCGGUGCGCGAGAUCGAGAACGAGCCCGGCGUCCGGGACACGUCCACCAUGCAGCGCAAGUGCCAGUUCGACGACGAGAACGACCUGUCCGUGUACCGCUACUACUCGUACUCGGCCUGCAUCACCGAGUGCCGCAAGAAGGCCCAGCUCGCGCAGUGCAACUGCACCUCGCACCUCAUGCCCAACGCCAAGGAAUCAGAAAUCUGCUCCCUCGAGGGGCUGAUGUGCCUGUACCAGCACUACACGAGCUUCUCGGUCCUGAAGACCAGCUGGAGCAGAAAGGAGGGUCUAUCUUGCCCGUGCGUGCCCGCCUGCACGGAGCCAGAGUACAACAUCGUGACACAGGAGUCAUUCGGCAUCGCGCACAACACCUCGCGCAUUGAGCUCAUGCUGGAUCGCCUGCCCAGCGAGCGCUACAAGAGGAACGUGGUGAGAGGGCGCCUCGACAUGGUUGUGUCCAUGGGCGGUGCGGCCGGCCUGUUCGUGGGCGCCAGCCUGCUCAGCUUCGUCGAGCUCUUCUACUACUUCUCGCUGCGCCUGUGCCGCCCGGACGACGCCGAGGAGGAGGAGGACAGCAAGGAGAAGAAGAGCGACAAGCUGGACAAGGCGUCGGCGCUGGUGCCGGUCAUGGUGGGGCCCACGAGCGGCGCCGCGUUGCGCCCCAGCCGCACCGGCAGCACGGGCCACUACGCCAACAACCUGGUGCACGGCCCGCUGCCCCCACAGGACCCCAGCUACUACUCGCGCUUCUAGUGUGGCUGCGCGACCACCUGACCCACCUUCC